AUGCCGGUCAGCGUUUUUGAAAGUUUGAAAAGUCGUUUUAUUGGAGGUGGACAAGAUGCAAAAGACCACAUGCAGAUUGGGCUAACAAGGAUUAUGAAGAAGUCGGAAGAUGAGAAAUGUCUAGUUAAUCAUGACUCCCUCAACGGUAGUAUCGCACACUAUGACGACGCUGAUGAGGUGGAAAAAGAGAAAAAAAAGUUCCGGCUACCACAGUGUGGUACAAGCAAACGUUAUAUUUUAUCUAUUCUCAGCUCUAUUGGUUUUUGUAUAUCAUUUGGUAUUCGAUGCAACCUCGGUGUAGCAAUUGUAGAUAUGGUUAACAAUAAUACAGAUCACAUCCAUGGAAAGACCCAUUUACAUAUACGUGAAUUUGAUUGGAGUCCUAAUAUAGUGGGGUUGAUGCACGGUUCUUUCUUCUGGGGUUAUAUCGUCACUCAAAUACCCGGCGGUUAUUUAGCAUCCAGAUUUCCAGCUAAUCGGAUAUUUGGUAUAGCAAUCUGCACAACAUCCUUUUUAAAUUUAUUAAUACCCACGGCGUGUAGAGUGCACUGGGGUUUUGUUAUUGCUGUGCGUAUAGUGCAGGGUCUGGUCGAGGGCGUUACCUACCCAGCCGCCCACGGCAUGUGGAGCAAAUGGGCACCGCCGUUAGAGAGAAGUCGAUUGGUUACCUUGUCGUUCUCCGGCUCGUACGCCGGCGCUGUGAUUGGCAUGCCGGUAUCUGGUUUGUUGACCGAUUACUUAGGGUGGCCUUCACCGUUCUAUCUUUACGGUGUCGUCGGAGUACUCUGGUCGAUAUCAUGGUUUUUCAUUAUUCACGAGACGCCGGCUACUCACCCUACUAUAACGGAAGCAGAACGAAUCCAUAUAGAGGAGAGCAUAGGAGAAUCCGCAUUUUUAUAUAAGGGUCAAAAGACUCCUUGGAAAAGUUUUUUUACGUCACUUCCCGUGUAUGCUAUCAUUGUGGCUAAUAUUUGCCGAAGUUGGACGUUCUAUUUACUUCUUACGAGUUCACCGUCUUAUUUUGAAGAAGUGUACGGCUAUGAUUUAUCUGCAGUUGGUGUAAUAUCUGCGUUACCACAUCUAAUUAUGACCAUCAUUGUGCCUCUUGGAGGGCAGCUGGCCGAUUACCUCAGAGGAAGGCAAAUAUUGACAACGACAAUAGUCAGAAAAAUUUUCAAUUGUGGAGGAUUUGGAAUGGAAGCCGUAUUUUUAAUAAUUGUUGGUUAUUCUACUGGUAAAGAAAUGGCUAUAAUUUGUUUAAUUAUUGCUGUUGGAUUUAGCGGAUUUGCAAUAUCAGGAUUUAAUGUAAACCAUUUAGAUAUCGCCCCUCGGUACGCCAGUAUAUUGAUGGGUUUAUCGAACGCGGCUGGCACGCUGUCUGGCAUGCUAUGCCCAAUCAUGGUAGGACAUUUAACACCAGAAGAGACACCAAAAGAAUGGUCCCGAGUUUAUUUAAUAUCAGCCAUGAUUCAUUUUGUCGGAGUAUUGUUUUAUGGAAUCUUUGCAUCGGGUGAGAAGCAGAAGUGGGCAGACCCGCAGUUGUUACCCGAUUCUACGGACCCAAAUUUAAGGCCAGGUUACGGCGCCAUUGACAAAGACACCGUGCAAUCACCAGGGGACGAUGUGCCAAGUGACGCUUACCCAUCUAAAAAAGAAGAAUUUAUACAACUGCCACAAGAUGGGUCGAAUCUUCGUAAAAACGUUGAAAAUGGGGGUUUUUAG